GGGAUAUGAUUCGUAAAACGUUCAGUCGCGUCUCGAUUAAUUAGACCUCACACAAGUGGUUUAAACCAAAACUUUCCUUUCAUUCGCGAAUUGAUUCUUUGAGAUUUUCGAAUAUUGACCGAGUCGUUGCGAAUUAAAUAUAUUAAUUAAUCUGUUGCUUUUAGCGUUCAUGUUGCUUUCUCUUUCGGUUUGACCUGAACGCGGUGGAUAAACUGUUCUCCAGUUCAAUCGAGUGUAGAAAGUUAUUACAAAACAUCGCAAUUCCGCAUCUAGAGUUCAGUUCGGUGCAAGGUGCGUAAGCGUAAAGAGCGCGGUUUUAAUUCAUCAAGAUGUCGAUUAUUAAACAAAACUACAACGAAAAGUUUAUCCAAAAAGCGACAAAUGUAACGGAGCAAAACAACUAUGUCAGUCGUGUUAAGCGUGGAAAAAUCCUGGGUAAUCAUGGCGGAUUUAGAGGAUGUACCAUUUGGUUCACGGGACUUUCUGGAGCCGGUAAAACUUCCGUUUCUUUUGAAUUGGAAGAGUAUCUGGUCAGCAAAGGGAUCCCAGCGUACAGUUUGGACGGCGAUAAUAUGCGCACUGGUUUGAAUAAAAAUCUUGGCUUUUCAAAAGAGGACCGUGAAGAGAAUAUUCGACGUGUUGCCGAAGUUGCUAAGCUGUUUGCGGAUGCCGGACAUAUUUGUUUGUGCAGUUUCGUGUCGCCAUUCACCGAAGAUAGAAUGAUCGCAAGGAAAAUUCAUGAGAAUAGUAACUUGCCAUUCUUUGAAGUGUUUGUUGAUACUCCAUUGGCUGUGUGUGAAAAGCGUGACAUUAAAGGUUUGUACGAGAAAGCGCGCAAAGGUAUUAUUAAAGGUUUUACCGGAAUUGAUCAAGAGUAUCAGAAACCUGAACAUCCGGAAAUGGUCGUCAAAACAGUGGAGUUGUCCAUUCAGGAAUCCAUGUUGCAAGUAGUUGAAAUGCUAGAAGAAAAUAGUAUUAUUCCGAAAUUGCGUCUUCAAAACAGUCUCGAAGUGAAGGAGUUGUUCGUACCGGAGCAUCAAUUGAAAGCUGCAAUUAAGGAAGCAGCAAGUUUGGAAUCAUUGGAGAUCAGUAGUGUUGAUUUGCAAUGGGUGCAGGUCCUGGGCGAAGGUUGGGCGACGCCAUUGAGUGGAUUCAUGCGUGAAAAUGAAUUUUUACAGACUUUGCAUUUUAACAACCUGUCUAACAUCAAUCAAAGUAUCCCAAUUGUUCUUACAAUUAAUACUGCACAAAAAGACAAACUUCAAGACUGUUCUUCAAUUGCUUUAUGCCACCGAGGAACUACUUAUGCAAUUCUAAAAGACAUUGAAAUUUAUUACCAUCGUAAAGAGGAACGUUGCGCUCGUCAAUUUGGAACCACUAACAAAGAUCAUCCUUAUAUUAAAUUGGUAAUGGAAUCAGGUGAUUGGAUUGUCGGAGGAGAUUUACAAGUCUUAACUCGAGUUAAGUGGAAUGAUGGUUUGGACCAAUACCGUUUGACACCCAAUGAACUACGUAAGAAGUUCCAUGAAAUGGAAACAGAUGCAAUUUUCGCGUUUCAACUACGCAAUCCAAUUCACAAUGGGCAUGCACUUCUUAUGACCGACACCAAGCAACAAUUGGAAAAGAGAGGGUUUAAGAAACCUGUGUUGUUGUUGCAUCCACUUGGUGGUUGGACUAAAGAUGAUGAUGUCCCAUUGAAUGUCCGCAUGGAACAACAUCAAGCAGUAUUAGAUGAUGGACUCUUGGAUGCUGCAAGCACAGUAUUGGCUAUUUUUCCCAGCCCCAUGAUGUAUGCAGGACCAACUGAAGUCCAGUGGCAUGCAAAGGCGCGCAUGGUCGCUGGGGCAAACUUUUACAUUGUCGGUCGGGACCCUGCAGGUGUCCCACAUCCACUUGGCAAAGAAGGCUCGCCUGAUGGUAAUUUAUAUGACGCUACACAUGGUGGGCGAGUGUUGAAGAUGGCUCCGGGAUUAUCGUCGGUUGAAAUAAUACCAUUCCGUGUAGCUGCAUAUGACGCCAAGCAUUGUAAAAUGGAUUUCUUUGAUCCUAGCAGGAAGGAUGAUUUUGAUUUUAUUUCGGGCACUCGCAUGCGUGGCUUGGCAAGAUCAGGGACCAACCCACCGCAAGGAUUCAUGUCACCGAAAGCCUGGCAAAUAUUAUCUACUUACUAUCAGAAUUUGAAAAAUAAUUGAAAUAUGUACAUUUAUAAAUAUGUAAUAUCUAUAUAAAUAUGAAUUGUUGUCCGUUAGUCGCACUAAUAGUAAACUGCAUUGUUUUUAUAAA